AUGAGCUAUGAUGACGAAGACAGUGAAAUACCAAUCUGGCAAGAGCCUCGUAGAGAACCUUUGGGGGCACCCAAAGAAACUCUCUGUGACGAAAAUGUACAAGAAAUCUUACCUGGUGAUCGAUUACACGCUUUGGAAGAAGAACAAGAAAUUCUCUCUUCCUCUGUGUUCUCUUUGACGUCCCAUCUCGCUCAAGUAGAGUUUCGAUUACGGCAAAUACUAAAAGCUCCACCGGAAGAGAAGGACUCAAUGCUUAAAGCUCUCGAAGAAUUUACAUCUCGAGGGGUCCCUGAUUCUAGAGCGGCCCCACAAGGAAGUUCUGGUGAGCCCACUUGUAAUGAAUGUGCAGAACUAGAGAAGAAAAUGAGACGUCAAAGAACGCGGCAGAACCAUUUCAUAGAAAGGCUAAAGACUCAAUUGCAAGAGCUCGAGAGAUUUGCCGCCAACCCUAGUUUAUCGGGUGAUAGUAAACACAGAACACUUAUUGAACACCUAAGACAUGAAAUUGAUAAAAGUUUGGAAGAAGGAUGUCAGCAACCUUUAAAUGCAGAUGAAUUGAGGCAUCAAAUUAAUUGUGCUGUCCGCCAAUAUGCAGACAGGCAGCUAUCAAAAGAUGAAAUCAUAAGUAAACUCCAAAUUCACAUAGAAGAUAUGCAAAAAUUCAUUAAAGUCAUGAAAAAUGAAGAUCUUAUUAAUACUAAGUCAGAGACGACAGAGGAAAAACUAAAAUCAGAAACUUUUGAAAGAAACUUCAGUAAAAAUAAGAGUAAUGAUGAUUUGAGAGCUGAAACUAUUAAUUUAAUGAGAAAAGCAUCAACUCUGAUACAAAUAUUCACAGUUUCCCAAUUUGGGUGUUCACCGAACACAAAUAAAAGUUACAAUCUGAAAUCAACAAAUGUCACACACUGGGGUAACCUCCGAGCAAAGUUAGAAAUGUCUAUUGAUGCUGUGGUCCAUUUAGUGUCUCGGGACAGGCCAACACAUACUAUGAUUGACAGUUAUGAUAGUGAAUCAGAAGAAGGUGGUGUUGUUAUUAAUGAUGCACCACUCACCACAGCAGUGCGUAAGCAUCUGGCUGUCAAUUUAAGAGAUUUAUUACAACAUGGCUUAGUCGGACCAGAAGCAUCAUCUCUUGUUCCAUUAAUAGGUUGUUUUCCUGUCCGUAGAUCCACUGCAUCCCACGCAACACAUAUAUGGGAAUUAAUUCUACGCUAUUAUGAUAUGAAUGAUGGUGACAGGUUUAACUCUACACCUGCUAGAAAAUUAAGUCAAAGUUUCAAUCUAGAUAUAGUUGGAGGAACUGCUAUUACAAACCGGCAGAGUCUAUUAAGUGUGAUUGGUAGUAUUAUUGCCUCACACAUGCCCUACAAAAGAAGCUAUGAUGCUCAUUUUAAGGCCUUUGUUUGUGCUGCACUGAAUACUCACAAACUUGUUGUAUGGUUAAACAUAAUUUUGAAGAGCAGGUCUUUAAUAGACACUUAUUAUUCUUCAACUAGUUACAUUGUAAAUACUGGUUUUCAGGAUGCCUUACAAAGUCUAGACCGUUUGACCCCCUACAAUUUUGACUUGCCAGUUGACCUUGCUGUGAAGCAGUUCCAAAAUAUCAAAGAUGUUUUUAUGUAA